CUUGGGCUUGGGCUUGUGGCCCAAACUAGUGUGGGCACAUUUCUCUUUUCACUAUCCUGCAAAGCGGAGAAACCCCUCUGAGUUUCACUCUGCUUCGCUGAUUCGCCAAAGCCUGCAAUCCAAUUAGCUUAUUUUGCUCGAAAAUGCCGUUGGGACUGAUAAUGGGGAUAGGAAGAGCAAUGCGGAGGAAGCGAACAUCGUCAUUGGACAUUCUCUCGUCAAAACGCGCUCCUCGCGAUUACUACAAGGGGAAGAACUGCAAGCCCACCGGUUUUCACACUCGCAAAGGUGGAUACGUUAUUGUGCCUGAGAAAUUGCCCAACUAUGUAGUCCCUGAUUUGACCGACUUUAAGCUAAAGCCUUAUGUCUCUCAGUGUCCAAGAGAAGUUAAAACAACUGAAGCUUCUGAAGCAGCCAAAUAAAAUAAAUGGAAUGAGAAGAAGUAUUCAAUCUCUUGUUUCAUAGUCCAGCUGCCACUUUGUUGAUGUGGAAUUAAGUUGGAUGUUUUCUAUAAUUGCAUUAUGAAGUACUCUCUGAAAGAAAUGAGAACUUAGUUUAGUGGUGUCCGUUCCUUAUUAAAACUAACAAAUUAUACUUGCCUUUUCAACUCUGAUUUGUUAAACUAUAUAGUAGGACAAAUUCUACAAUACACAUUCAGCCCCAUAAGAAUGAAAACCAUGUGAUAUUGAACUUUGCAUU